UAUGUUGUCUGCUGCUGUCAGCCGUCAGCUGUUCCUGUCAGAACGUCUGAACAAAACGUAAACAUCAAUAAGUUUUGGGUUUACUGCCUGAAAGUUUUGGUUUAUUCCACUUGUCCCCUUUGAAUAUUUCAUCGCAAUGUCAUCGAGCUGGAUUCAAAUAACUCCAAGAUUUCAGGAUGGAUUGACUUUGAUCAACGCUAUAGAGCCAGCGAAGCUUCGUCUUCUUUUGAAUAGAAUUGCGACUUUCAUGCAAGGAGACACUUCUGGGAAAGCGACACCUUUUACAGAAGAGGAGGAGGCAAAGUUAGAGAAAUCGCUUGGACUUGAAUUGAAAGAUGUGCUCCUGGUUGUUGACACAUCAAGCCUCAUCUUACAGCAGGCUGCAUAUCAUAUUAUCAAGCCAGAAGUACUGAAAAGCAAACUUGUUGAUACUCUAAAAUUAGAACAAGAGAGAGCAGCAGUCAUAGUAACUGUAUGGAGCCUGAAUGCUAAUUUGAUUGUAGAGAGCCUUAGAAAAAGAUCAGUACUGCCGUAUCAGUUUGCAGAUGUCACCUGGUUGUUGAAUGUGGAGACAUCAUCAAACAAAAUGUCAAGAACAAAAGACCCUGUGGCCAUCCUAGAGUUACUCUUAAAAUCAAACGAUGCUGGUGACAGCCAAAAAGUGAAACUAGAAAUGCGAAAGCCAGAGCUGCAGACUUUCUAUCAAAAUUUAGAAAAAAUUCAAGCACAACUUGAUGGGUUAAAGUGAUAUUCUGCACACUAUCAUAUACAUAUUUGUAAGUUUGUACAUAAAUAAAUGUAACGCUUUGGAAAUCAGCUUUUUAAAUAAAACAAGACAUUCUUUUAA